ACUCUACGAGCAAACAAGAAGACAGGCCCAAGAUGGAGGCGGCGGCGGCUGUUGCUGCCUGACAGGAGCCCCAUGGCACCUGCCCAGCCCCACCUCAGCCCGUCUUGACAAAGUCCUAGGCUCCAUGGAGCCACCACGGGCACCCCCUGCCAAUGGGGCUGAGCCGUCCCGGGCAGUGGGCACUGUAAAAGUGUACCUGCCCAACAAGCAACGCACGGUGGUGACUGUCCGGGAUGGCAUGAGUGUCUAUGACUCUUUAGACAAGGCCCUCAAGGUACGGGGUCUCAAUCAGGAUUGCUGUGUGGUCUACCGGCUCAUCAAAGGACGAAAGACGGUCACUGCCUGGGACACAGCCAUUGCUCCCCUGGAUGGCGAGGAGCUCAUUGUGGAGGUCCUUGAAGAUGUCCCACUGACCAUGCACAAUUUUCAGGUACGGAAGACGUUCUUCAGCCUGGCAUUCUGUGACUUCUGCCUUAAGUUUCUGUUCCAUGGCUUCCGCUGCCAAACCUGUGGCUACAAGUUCCACCAGCAUUGUUCCUCCAAGGUCCCCACAGUCUGUGUUGAUAUGAGUACCAACCGCCGACAGUUCUACCACAGUGUCCAGGAUUUGUCCGGAGGCUCCAGACAGCACGAGGCUCCCUCAAACCGCCCCCUGAAUGAGCCGCUAACCCCUCAGGGUCCCAGCCUUUCCCCUGGCAGCUCCUGCACCCAGCACCGCGACCCCGAGCACUUCCCCUUCCCUGCCCCAGCCAACGCCCCCCUCCAGCGCAUCCGCUCCACAUCCACCCCCAAUGUCCAUAUGGUCAGCACCACGGCCCCCAUGGACUCCAGCCUCAUCCAGCUCACUACCCAGAGUUUCAGCACUGAUGGUGAGCCCCCACUGCCUGCACCCUCAGCACACCCCUCCACUCCACUUGUCUCCACUCACUUCUCCACAAUCACAGCUGCUGGUAAUAGAGGUGGUGGAGAUGGAGCCCCCCGGGGGAGCCCCAGCCCAGCCACCGUGUCCUCGGGGAGGAAGUCCCCACAUUCCAAGUCCCCAUCAGAACAGCGGGAGCGGAAGCCUUUGGCCGAUGACAAGAAGAAAGUGAAGAAUCUAGGGUACCGGGAUUCGGGCUAUUACUGGGAGGUGCCACCCAGUGAGGUGCAGCUGCUGAAGAGGAUCGGGACGGGCUCAUUUGGCACUGUGUUUCGCGGGCGGUGGCAUGGAGAUGUGGCUGUGAAGGUGCUCAAGGUGGCCCAACCCACAGCUGAGCAGGCCCAGGCCUUCAAGAAUGAGAUGCAGGUGCUCAGGAAGACACGUCAUGUCAACAUCUUGCUGUUCAUGGGCUUCAUGACCCGGCCGGGGUUCGCCAUCAUCACACAGUGGUGUGAGGGCUCCAGCCUCUACCACCACCUCCAUGUGGCUGACACACGUUUUGACAUGGUCCAGCUCAUUGAUGUGGCCCGGCAGACUGCCCAGGGCAUGGACUACCUCCAUGCCAAGAACAUCAUCCACCGAGAUCUCAAGUCUAACAACAUCUUUUUACAUGAGGGACUUACGGUGAAGAUCGGUGACUUUGGCCUGGCCACAGUGAAGACGCGGUGGAGUGGAGCUCAGCCUUUGGAACAGCCCUCGGGCUCUGUGCUAUGGAUGGCGGCUGAGGUGAUUCGUAUGCAGGACCCGAACCCCUACAGCUUCCAGUCGGAUGUCUACGCCUAUGGGGUUGUGCUCUAUGAGCUCAUGACCGGCUCCCUGCCUUACAGCCACAUUGGCAGCCGUGACCAGAUUAUCUUUAUGGUGGGCCGUGGCUAUCUGUCUCCUGACCUCAGCAAAAUCUCUAGUAACUGCCCCAAAGCCAUGCGACGCCUGCUGUCCGACUGCCUGAAGUUCCAGCGGGAGGAGCGGCCUCUCUUCCCCCAGGUGGGCCGGGUAGGAGGGCUGGAAACCUUGGGGAGGAGACCGAUGAGGAGGAAGACUCGGGUGAAUGUGAACCAUGUUUGUUCAAGGCUCAGAGGUGUGCAAUAUCCUGGCCACGAUUGAGCUGCUGCAGCGGUCACUCCCCAAGAUUGAGCGGAGUGCCUCAGAACCUUCUUUGCACCGUACCCAGGCUGAUGAGUUGCCCGCCUGCCUACUCAGCGCAGCCCGCCUUGUGCCUUAGGUCUUGCCCCCAGCCACCAGGGAGCCUAUCUCAGCCUGCCACGCCAAGGAGCCCUGCCCACCAACCAAUCAAUGUUCUAUCUGCCCUGAUACUGCCUCAGGAUCCCCAUGUGCUUUUCCAGUUCCUCUGGAAUUGGGGGACCCCCAAAAGGCUGAGACCCCUGCCUCCAUAGUUUGGUUUCCUCUUGGCUUUGAGGAUACUUUUAAAUUUGGGAGCUCCAAUGGCUGGGAUUUGCGGCAGGGAUUCCAUUUAGAACCUCUUUGGAAUUUGUGCCUCAUGUGCCUUCCACUGGAUUUUGGGGUCCCCAGCACCCCAUGUGGAUUUUGGGGACCCCUCUGUCUCCCCCACCAUUCAAGGACUCCCCUCUUUCUUCACCAAGAAGCACAGAAUUCUGCUGG